UUGGCCCUCGGAAGGGUCUCGUGUCCUGUCGCGUGUCUUCUCCAAUCGAACUCGACUGUACUCCCGGCCACUUCAUCAGCCUGCACUCGCGCCGCCAUGGCGGACCCCCGCGCGGCCUUUGCUCCUCGCCCCCUCUCGCGCGUGGCCGACGCUCGCGCCGCCCUGGCGAAGCCUCCGUCGGCCUUCUCUCCUCCCGCGCGCGUCCGCAGGCCGCUGGGCCUGCGCCCCGGCACGCCCGCAGGCCGCGAAGCGGAGCCUCGCUCCGCGGCCGUGCGGGCCCUGGGGUUGGAGGCCGUGCGGCGGGCCCUGGCGAGGCCGGCGGCCGUGGAGGGCGCCGAUGAGGAGGACCAGGCCGACACCGAUGGCGUGGACUCCUCGUCGAGCGUGGCGGGCUCGGCCACGUUCGGUGACGCCAGCGGAAGGUGCGAGGCCGAGUGCGAGCGAGGAGGAGAUGCGUGCGGGUGGGAGGAGGUGGUGGCCCGUCGGCGGCGCUGCUCUCCCAGGGUCGCGUCCGAGAGCGGUGGCCCCGACCUGACUCCCAGCGCCCAGGCGCCCUCCGCGGACUACCAGUGGGCAGGUGCGCCGUCCAGGGUGUUACGGAAGGCUCGCCACCGACAGCCAUGA